AUUGGGAGUCAGUGAUGAGAUAUUCAUAUUCCAUUCCCUUGCCACCAUUUUCUUUCGUUCUUUCUUAAUUCUUACUCUGAACUCUGAAGUCUGAACCACUCACUAGUCACUAUCACUAGGUUCCGGGAAUGGGUUCAUCGGAAAACCCCAAUUGGGUUCUGGACUACGCAUAUCUCGAUGACAUUCACUCUCUUUCUGACCCUUCCAACUUCUCUUGGCCCCCUCCUCCAACCCCCCUAAGUGCCGACCUUCAUCAAUCGCUUCCCAAUUCUAAUGGACCCGAUCAAUCUGCCUCAAGAAAACGCUUGAGGUCAGGAUCCUGCAACACUUCUGGUUCAAAAGCGUGUAGAGAGAAAAUGCGAAGGGAUAGAUUGAAUGACAGAUUUUUGGAACUUGGUUCCAUUUUGGACCCCGGAAGGCCUCCCAAAACGGACAAGGCUGCUAUACUGAGUGACGCGGUUCAACUGGUGUUGCAGCUGCGAGGGGAGGCUCAGAAGCUUAAAGAAUCAACUGAGAAUCUGCAGGAGAAAAUCAAUGAAUUGAAGGCUGAGAAAAAUGAGCUCCGUGACGAGAAGCAGAGGCUAAAAGCAGAGAAAGAUAGCCUUGAGAAGCAGCUCAAAGCCUUGAAUACACCAUCUGGUUUCCUGCACCAUCCUCCUACACUUCCAGCUGUUUUCCCUCAUGCACCAGGGCAAGUUCUUGGAAGCAAGCUGGUGCCUUUCAUGGGCUACCCAGGAGUUUCCAUGUGGCAGUUUUUACCACCUGCUGCUGUCGACACAUCGCAGGACCAUGUACUCCGGCCCCCAGUUGCAUAAUCCGGAAAAUCUGUUUGUAUUUUUCUUUAAUAGAGGGUAUCUUUUUUUAAUGUCUGCGAUGUUCCUUUCACAUUUCUGAAAAGUUAGGGACAAAAAGAAGGAAAUGUGGAGAUUGAAGAGCUUCUAUGGUAACAAGUCAUCUUUUUUGGUUUUAGGUUCAACCAAAUUGUGCAAGUUAUGUAAGAGUAGUGUGCGUUUAGUCAUUUUGGAUACUAGUUCAUUGAUGACAACUUCAAUUUGCACAUAUCUUAUUUUUUUUCUUUUCUAUUCUUGUUUUCUUGUUAAUGCUGCAAUCCAGGCAACUUUUAGUCAUGAUUUUCCGGAAGUUUUCAAGUUACUGGACAUGACUAAAAGUUGAUGUCACAGUAGUCAAGUAUGCCAUUAAUAAUAAUUAGCACCACUUCUAAAUGUUAAGCUAAUGCCAUAUAAUCUGCAUAAGGUUAUGCUGAAUAGCAGGAGU